UGCGAGCGCGUUCAGACUGUAGAAACUUGCUGAAACUCGCCACUACCGUUGCUCCUGCUCUACUUCUCGCCCACGAUCUCUUUCAAGUUCGUGGAAAACCGCGAAGCUGAAAGGGUACAGAAAGGAGGUGGAAGGUUGAGUAUUUAUGGCCGGGAGUUUGGGUGACGAUGAAGGGAACAACAGAGGGAAGAGUUUGGAGGAAUACGGUAAAGUGAAAGGGGAAGAAAAGGAGAUUGCACCUGCGACGACGAGCUCCAUGAAUCGUUCUGGGUCAAGGCCACUGCUUGACCUUACUGGGGCAGCAAUUCAGAGUAAUUCUGAGGAGAGGAACCCCACAAUUUUGCUGCCUAACCAGUCCGAUGACAUCUCUCACCUGGCCCUGGAUAUUGGAGGAUCACUCAUUAAGUUGAUUUACUUCUCACGUCAUGAGGAGCAUUCACAAGAUGAUAAGAGGAGGAGGUCCAUGAAGAAAAGGCUUGGGAUCUCUACUGGGAAGAGACGCAGCUACCCGAUACUUGGUGGUAGACUCCAUUUUGUGAAAUUUGAAACCGGGAUGCUGAACGAAUGCUUGGAUUUUAUUGCUUCGAAGCAUCUUCAUCUUGGUGGAAUUGAUUCACCUUCAUGGAAUUCAAGGGCUCGGUAUAAUGGUAACAUUAUAAUUAAGGCCACAGGUGGUGGGGCGUACAAAUAUGCUGAUGAAUUUAAUGAAAAGCUUGGGAUUAGUCUCGAUAAAGAAGAUGAAAUGAAUUGUCUUGUGGCUGGAGCAAAUUUUCUGCUUAAGGCAAUACGACAUGAAGCCUUUACACACAUGGAGGGUCAGAAGGAGUUUGUGCAGAUUGAUCAGCAUGAUUUGUUUCCUUACCUUCUUGUUAAUGUCGGGUCUGGCGUUAGUAUUAUCAAAGUAGAUGGGGAAGGGAAAUUUCAACGAGUUAGUGGCACUAACGUUGGAGGUGGUACUUAUUGGGGCCUGGGAAAACUGUUAACAAAGUGCAGGAGUUUUGAUGAGCUGUUAGAGCUAAGCCAGAAAGGAGAUAGCAGUAACAUUGACAUGCUUGUUGGAGAUAUAUAUGGUGGGAUGGACUAUUCCAAGAUUGGCCUUUCCGCAUCUACCAUAGCCUCGAGUUUUGGGAAGACAAUUUCAAAAUCCAAAGAACUUUCGGACUAUAGGUCUGAAGAUAUCUCGCUGUCUCUCCUCCGCAUGAUAUCAUACAACAUUGGGCAGAUCUCAUACUUGAAUGCUCUUCGUUAUGGGCUCAAAAGGAUAUUUUUUGGAGGAUUUUUUAUUCGUGGUCAUGCUUACACCAUGGAUACUAUAUCAUUUGCAGUGAAUUUCUGGUCCAAAGGGCAGGCACAAGCCAUGUUUCUACGGCAUGAGGGUUUUCUAGGAGCACUUGGUGCUUUUAUGAGCUAUGAAAAGCAUGGUCUAGAUGACUUGAUGGCCCAUCAACUCGUUGAAAGAUUCCCUAUGGGUGCGCCUUAUGUGGGGGGCAAGAUUCAUGGUCCGCCUCUUGGCGACCUUAAUGAAAAGAUUUCCUGGAUGGAGAAAUUUAUACAGAAAGGUACUGAGAUUACAGCUCCAGUCCCGAUGGCUCCGCCUGGAACUACAGGCAUGGGGGGUUUUGAACGUCCUUCAUCUAGAGGCAGCACACUGCGUUCAGAUGCCAGUGCUGCACUAAAUAUUGGUGUUCUGCAUCUCGUACCUUCAUUGGAGGUGUUUCCUUUAUUGUCCGACCCAAAGAAGUACGAGCCAAACACGGUUGAUCUAUCAGAUCAUAGUGAACUCGAGUAUUGGUUCACUGUGCUAUCAGAACAUAUGCCUGAUCUUGUUGAUAAGGCUGUAGCUAGCGAGGGCGGUACUGAUGAUGCUAAACGUAGGGGCGAGGCAUUUGCUCGUGCUUUUUCGGCUCAUCUGGCAAGGUUGAUGGAAGAGCCUGCAGCAUAUGGGAAAUUUGGCUUGGCUAACCUAUUGGAAUUAAGGGAGGAAUGCUUGAGAGAGUUUCAAUUCAGAGAUGCGUACAUUACUAUAAAACAGAGGGAAAAUGAGGCUUCUCUGGCUGUUUUACCUGACCUCCUUUUGGAACUGGACGGCAUGGAUGAGGAGGGAAGAUUGCUUACUCUGAUUGAGGGUGUUCUUGCUGCUAACAUUUUUGAUUGGGGAUCUCGUGCCUGCUUGGACCUAUAUCAUAAAGGAACUAUUAUAGAAAUUUAUCGCAUGAGUCGCAAGAAGAUGCACCGUCCUUGGCGAGUGGAUGAUUUUGAUAUUUUUAAGAGAAGAAUACUAGGAUCUGGAAAGAAUCCAUCUUACAAAAGAGCAUUGCUCUUUGUUGAUAACUCAGGGGCCGAUGUCGUGCUCGGCAUGCUUCCUUUGGCUCGAGAACUGCUUCGUUACGGAACGGAGGUUGUCUUGGUUGGAAAUUCAUUGCCUGCUUUGAAUGAUGUCACUGCCAACGAACUACCUGAAAUCGUAGCUGAAGCCGCGAAGCAUUGUGACAUUCUUCGAAAAGCCGCAGAAGCCGGAGGACUGAUUUUUGAUGCAAUGGUUAACAUAGAAGAUGAGUUAGAAAAGAAAUCCACUUCAGUUCCUCUUAUGGUUGUGGAGAAUGGUUGUGGUGGGCCCUGCAUAGAUUUUCGACAGGUCAGCUCGGAGCUCGCCGCCGUCGCAAAAGAUGCAGACUUGAUAAUCUUAGAAGGGAUGGGUAGAGCCCUUCAUACAAACUUGAAUGCUCGUUUCAGAUGUGAUGCCCUCAAGCUUGCAAUGGUGAAAAAUCAGAGGUUAGCAGAGAAACUGUUUAGGGGGAAUAUAUACGAUUGUGUUUGUCGAUUUGAGCCUGUGGAGACCAGUUGAAUUUUUUUUGGCUUUUUUAAGACUCAUUCGGUAAGUUCAUCCCUUGACAAAUUUUAUGAAGUAUUGUCAAAUUGUUAUAAUCAUCAUUCCUAUUGAUUUUUCAAAUAGUUUUUGUUGUAUAUAUUUUCAUAUAAAUUUUUAUUCUGUAAAAUGUAACUUCACCUUCUGUUUCUU